UAUCUACUCAAAUAACUAUUGUCGCCGACGUGGUCAGCUGUCCAUUUGGUUGCAGAUAAGCGCCAUUAAGGUCAGCCCCGAUCAUUUUCGGCGCAUACUUCACAUAAAUCCCUUCGACACUCCAUCUCAUUUUCAAUCUGGCCUCUGCCGUAAGCCUGUGCAAUCUGCCUCCAGUAGCAACGUCUCAAGGGUAAGCACACCGAUUUCCAGGUCAUACGAGCUUCUGAACCACACAAGCUCUAAUCUCAACGAAGCUCAUUGCCAAGCACCGUUCGAAACGAAAGAUUAUGCUCCUAUUGAGCCAUUAUUUUCACAGGAAAUUACAAGCUUGGAAGGCGCACCAGACCUUGCAAUAUUCAAUGGCCCACUGCUUUACGAGUUCGUGAUGCCUACUCCAGUGGGACUUAUUCCUCCUUUGUCUUCACCCUCUCAUCCAUCUUCAAAUGGGACUUGCACCCAACUUCCCUCCUUUGUGAAGAACCUAAUUUCACCUGAUACUGCAGAAAUUAAACAGAACACUUAUGUGCCCUGGAAUCCUCCUGACUCUACAUGCUUUUCUAUAAAGUCACCUGCAUUUCCCACUUCUCAUCUGGUGACUUCCAAUUCUUAUCUACGACAAUUUUAUCACAGGACCCAGAACAAAUAUGUUUCUUCGCCGCCACUGCCGUCACAUUUCGCUACUCUCUCAGCCCCGUUAACUGCCACUGCCAUGUUCGAAAGAGUUCCAAAUAACCUUACUACCGCCACCGUCAAACAAGAAUGCAAGCGGGUGAUGCCAAAUGUAGUUUGUGUUGGUGACCAAUCAACUAUUUUGCCUGGACCAUCUGGAGCAGGACAAGUGGCAGAAAGACAAGAGAUAAGGGCUGAUGAAUCAAACAGGCUAUCAAUGGUACAUAUGCGUCCUACAUUGAAUGUUUUGGAUGGACGUGAAGGCUCUGGAGGCUCUGAGUUUAACGCUUCUAAAAACGGCUACGACUACCCAGACAUCCUUAACGAACUACCCUUACGGUCAGACAAACUUUUCGACGGACAUAUCAUCAGUGAAAAUCAAGAGUUUAACAGGUAUUGCUGUAGAAGCUGA